GCAACAAAUAAAACCCUUUUGUCCACAAUAAAAUCACAAUUUGUUGGAAGAAAUCAAAUCCCAAACCAUCUUAAUUAGGGCAAGAGAUCGAAUUUACAGAGCGAGCAAGAAAAAAAUAAAAGAGGAAACUUGAUGAUGAUGGAAGACGGAUUAGAGGUGUACGAUUACAGAAGGCAGCAAUGCGUUCAUCCAUCAUUCAUGAAUGACAAUUGCACAUGUUGCGGCCAACACAUCGUCGACUGCGGUGUUCCGGCCACUACACCGUUUGGUUACAUCCACCACGACUUAACCCUUACUCCCGACGAGAUCAAACGCAUUCGAGAUGAUAAUUUACAGUACUUGCUAGACAACAAGAAGCUCCACUUGGUUCUUGACUUGGAUCAUACAUUAAUCCACGCAAAAAGGAUCGAGAAUCUGACGUCUGAGGAGAAGGAAAGUAUCGAAAGAGUCGACGAUAUUUACACGAUAUUCGGCGGUACGAAUUAUAGCAUUGCGGUGAAGUUAAGGCCUGGUGUUAAAGAGUUUAUUGAGAAAGUUAGUUGUAUAUUUGAUUUAUCGAUUUACACUAUGGGUAGUCGUGAUUACGCACGAGAGGUGCAUAAGUUGCUUGUGUCUAAGGCAGGGUUUCCAGUUUGUCCGUGGGUUAUUGCAAGGGAAGAUUGUGUCAAGGAGAAGAAAAAGGGUUUGGGUGUUGUGUUGUCACAUGAGAAGGUUGUUGUAAUAGUUGACGACACUCGAGAUGUUUGGGGGUCUUGUAAGGAAAACCUUGUAAGAAUUGGUCGAUACGAGUAUUUUCCGGUAAAGGAUGCGGAUGUGGAUGCGGAUGCGGAUGCGGAUGAUGACGCGGAACUUGCUAGGGUUUACGAUACUUUACAGAAGGUACAUAGUGAAUUUUAUUUUGAUGAUAAUAUUCAACUUUUGGAAGGUGAAGAGUGUAGUCCGAAAGAUGUGAGGGAUGUGAUCAAAGCGGUUAAAUACGAUGAGCUUGAAUUUGCGUCAAGGCAAUUACAGACAUCGUCUUUGAUGUUUGGUGUAGAAGAUGAAGAAAGUAUUGCAUUAUGCGGUAGAAAGAGGCCAAGAGAUGACACUAGUAUUAUCAGUAGUGCCUUCCCCUUGCAAAAAGAAGCAAUGUCAUUCAUUCUCAAUCUCUCCAUGUUUAAUUAGUGUCAACAUCAGAUGUACGUGUUGGAUUGUAAAUGCUUCUAUUUGUUUUCGUAUUUCAAUUGUGAUGGAGUACGUAUACAAUCAAGCCGUACGUACUAGGGUAACUUGAGAGAAUUGAAGUAAAUGUAAAACUUUGUUACAAAUUGUUUUUCUUAGCUAUACUAUCAUCUUUAAUUUUUUCUA